ACUGAAAGUAGGUCAUGGAAAACGAAACGAGCUGUGCAGCCUCUUCACUAGUCGUGUGUUAAACGACAUUAUAGUUCGAAGAAUCAGGAAACGCUUUCUGUUUUUAGACUAAACAUUUACCGUAGUUUUGUAUCGCUCGUGGCCGAUAAAACACAAAUAACGUAAAUCAGUGUUUGUUUUUCAUCCACGGUUUAUAGCAGCCAGCGGCAGCUAGCUACCGACGCUAGGUCUUUUUGUGCAUCUUCAGCAGCUGGACUAAUGCUGUGCUUCAAACAUCUGGACUGAACUGCCACUAACUGACAACCUCCUCAACUUACUGCCAUGUCCAGACGAAGCAGGAACAGUCGUGCAUGGCGAUAUGUUUGGGAUGGGAUACGGCGGGAUGCAGAUGCACGAGCCCUUGUGUUGGCCUCUGAAGCCGAAGAAUGGAACUACGACCGCCUAGAGUACAGUGAUUCAGACUCGGAGGCAGACUGCUCAGCAGUGAUGAUUCCCAAGGUUCCCAGUGCAAUUCCUGUUAUUGGAGAGUCCUACUGUGGCUGUGAUUCCCAGGCAGAGACCAGUUACAAUCUCCGUCUUCGGGGAUUUCACCAAGUUAAAGACUGCCACUGUGGAGAGGAUGAUCAAGAUUUUGACUGGGUUUGGGAUACCAGCAGCCGAUCAACAGCAACUUUACUGAGCUUUGACAAUCGCAAAGUUAAUUUCCACUCCGACUACAGCUGUGGUACAGCAGCGAUCCGAGGCUUGAAGGAGCUGGCUGAGGGGCAGCACUUCUGGGAAAUCAAGAUGACCUCUCCAGUGUACGGAACAGAUAUGAUGGUUGGUAUUGGAACAGCCGAUGUCCACCUUGACAAAUACAGACAUACGUUCUGCAGCCUACUGGGCAAAGAUGCAGACAGCUGGGGCCUUUCUUACACUGGCUUGUUGCAUCAUAAAGGGAAGAAGAUGAACUUCUCCUCUCGUUUCGGACAAGGAUCCAUCAUUGGAGUUCAUCUGGACACGUGGCACGGCACCCUCACAUUCUUCAAGAAUCGAAAGUGUAUAGGUGUUGCGUCCACAGAGCUACACAACAAGCGGUUUUACCCGAUGGCCUGCUCCACAGCGGCCAAAAGCAGCAUGAAGAUCAUCAGGUCCUGCUCUGCCCCAACCUCUCUGCUCUACCUGUGCUGCGCUCGCCUCCGCCGCCUGGUGCCCGACUGUAUCGACACACUGGAUGUGUUGCCUCUGCCGCCGGGCCUGCGCCAGGUGCUCCAUAACAAACUGGGCUGGGUGCUGAGUCUAAACAGCGGCACCGUGGUGGGAGAGACCUCGGACAGGCCCGGGAGGUCCCAACGCUCGCCUGCAGCUCCUUUGGCUGGACCGUCUUAUUCUGAGAGUGACUCAGAGGAGUGCACGUCCGACCCCGAAGCCUGUCAGAGGAAACGAUGUCGCUGGACGUGACCGGACAGCUGGAAUCCAUUCCUCCUGCAGAGGCAUCCCACCUCCGUCCCUGUUAGCCAGAAUUAAAGGAAAGGCUUGAUUUAAUGUGUUUCUCUUCUGAUGUGGUAACAGGAGCCUGCUCUCAUCAGCAUCUAAACGGUUUCUCUUCAUAAGCGAACAUGCUGGAUUCGAGUGGGGUGGGGGUGUAAGUGUCACACGAGCCUCUAGUGAGGCCAGACUCAUCACGGUGUAAUAAAGGCAGAAAGCUUCUUUGUCCUGUAUGCAACUAAUAAAUGGUGUUUUAAUGUUAACAUAACCAAAGUAGGCUGUUACCUGUUUCUGGCUUCUGUCAUACUUUUAUUCUGUAAGUAAACUUAAAUGGUCUCCUAAAUGUUACGAGAACACUGUUUUAGUGUUGUAUGACAACUAAUCUUUACUGUGUCAUAAAUAAUCUGUAAUACUUUUGUUUGUUUAGGAUGUUGCUGCUUCUCUCACGUCUGUGGAGCAUAUCUCACUUUGAGUAACUCACUGUUUUUAAAACCAUAUUAAAUUGUGAUUUAUUUUUUAAUGCUGACAAUUUGAACCUUUAACCUUUGUCUUAUUUAUGCAAAGGUGUUUUAUGAUCUCUUAAACACUUGUUUAUUUUUUGCUGCUUUUCUCAGAUUAGGUUAAGAUAAUGAAUCCUUAAGGGUGCAUUUUAUAACCAACAAAAUAAAAUUAUGUUGAAAGAAACCUCUCAACUUUACUCAUGUAACCUCCAUGUUUUUUUAUUUUUCACACUUUGACUGUAAAUUUGCAAAAAGACGAAGAAAAACAAGGCUUGUGAACCUUUCUGUAUAUUCAGGAUUUUAACUCAUAAAACUCAUGAAAUGUCUUUUUUCCUGACCUGAUAAAUAAACCAAGUAAUCUCUG